UUUGUAACAAAGGUGUCUUGUCAUAAAGGGCGGGGCACGGCAGCCUCAGUUGCCAAGGCUCCCUGAGGUGACGGGCCUUUCCUCCAGUUUAUCUCCUGCCAGCGCACUCCAGUAUUGCGGAUAACCUCCAUACUACGUGUCAUGUCCUUAUCACGUGUCAUGACUCCACUGGGUUUCUGCUUCUGCGCCCCAAGUCUUCUCCUCACCGGACAAGUUCUGCUGGUAGUGAUCCAGGCGGAUCCCAUUGCGGAGUGGGUCCAGAACCCAGUUCGUUUGACUUCAGAGCCCUGGGUGAGGACCAAACCCUGGUCUUGGCACCCCUCUGACCAAGCACCCAAAUCCCCGAAAGCUCAUCCAUCCGAAGCAGGUGAGGGGGCCCUUGAUUACCUGGGCUCCUCUGCUCCAUCCCAGAUGUUCUCCCCACCCCGGGAACUGAAGGACAGUUUUCUUUCAUUCCAAGCUAUGGAUACCUCUGUGGCGUCUCACCCAGAGUCAGAUCAGUUCACUGUUCCACAUCAGCACUUGGCCAAGCAAAUGACUCCACCCAGGAAACCGCUGGAGAGCGUUCCAAAGCUAAAUGGGGAUCAAAAUCAGUCUCCACAAUUCAAAAGUAUUUCCAGUCUAGAUCAGGCUGCAGAUGACCAGUUAUUUGAAAUACCUGAUCCGCCACUGGACAGUGAGAAUUCAAGCAUAACAAAGUUCAUAGCUUCACCCCAGAGCUUACAAAAAGAACUAGUUCAGCACAGGCCACUUGCUAAGGAGGUUGUCGGAACUACAAAACAAUUUGCAAAAUCUCAACUCCAAAAAAAAACUGUGGUGGAUGAGUAUAGGGAUCCAAAUAUGAAUGAAGCUUAUUCUAAGAGCUUGCCUCUGCAAUCCCAGGCAAACCGAGAGGGGCCUUCUGAGAAGAUUGAACAUCCUGAAUACCCAUUGGAAGCACAAACUCAAGAGUCAGAGAACCUUGAUAUGGUCCACGAAAGCCCAGAGUAUCUCCCAGUGCUCCCCGAGGAAGAUGAGCCUUCAGUCCCAAAGGAAAACCCAGUUCAACAUCAUUUUGCUUCUGGGAAAGCUGCAGCCCUAAAGCAUCCUGACAGAAAUGCUCCCUCUCCAAAGAGAAAUGAAGCUCGCCACUCCAAACUGCCAAAUGUCACAGUGAAGCCUGAGGAUCUGGAGGUUACAGUCAUGUCAGAGGCAGAUAAGGAAACCCAACAGACUCUGAGCCAGCAGCAAGCCCCAGGCCAUCUUCCCGAGAGUCCUAAGGAGGUAGAACCUUCAUCAACCCCACAAGAUACCCUGGAACAGUUUUCAGGGGGUCCUGAGGAGAUAGAAACUUUAUUGACCCAUCAGGAGGCCGCAGCUCCAAAUCCAGAGCUUCCUGAGGAGUUGGGACCUUCAUUAGUCCAACAAGAGGUCCUAAGUGAGUCUUUAGAACUCCCCAAAGACCUUGAAGCAUCUGGUAGCCAGCUAGAAGUUCCAGCACGACGUACAAAGCCUCCUGAAGAAGUCAAUCCUCCAACUGAGCAAGAGGCUAGGAUCCCAACUCCAGAACCCUCUAUGCCAAAUAUAAUUGAAAUUCCAGCAGCAACAGUUUCACAUCACAAUCAGGAUCAAGUCCACCAUUAUACUUUGCCCACGAUUACAGUUCAACCUGCAGAUGUGGAAGUUACAAUAACUUCCAAACCUUUUAAGGAAGCUGAGAUAUCUCCAGUUCAGGAAGAGACUCAGACUCCCGGUCCUCCUCGGAAAGUUGGACACUAUAGCCUAGAACAGCAGCCAGCUGUGUCUUCUGAGUCUUCUGGGGAGGUUGGAUCACUUGAAAGAUACCUGGGAUUCCUAACUCAGCCUCCAGAGGAAGAGGAGGAAGAGGAGGAAGAGGAGGAUGAGGAGUCUUCUCUAACCCAAGAGGACAUCCCAUCACAACAUCCAAGUCCUAUUCUGGAGGGUGAACCUUCUCCUAUUGAACUACAGCAGCCAAUUCGACCCUCUGAAUCUCCUGAGGAGGUGGGAUUAGGUCCUGAAAACCAGUCAGAAGUCUUAGUUAAACCUGCAGAGCUCCCUGAGGAAGUCAAGUCUCCAGUGGAGCAAGAGGCUCCACUUCAAGCACCAGAAUCCCAUUUUGAGACUAUAGUUGACACGCCACCAAUUCAUGAAGUCCAGCCAGCUCCAAAUAAAGCUCACCAUCAUCAUUGGCCAAAUGUUACCGUUAGACCUGUGGAUUUGGAGCUUGCCAUAACUUCAGAGCCUACCAGGGAGACCGAGUCUUCUCUAGCCCAGCAGGAGUCCUCGGUGCAUCCUUCAGAGUAUACUGAAGAGAGGGAUUCUUUUCGCUACAAGCAGGAACAGCUGGCUCAGCCUUCUAAGCUGGAAAUUCUAAUUCACACCUCAGAGCAUCAUCAUUUGACAAGCUCACCCUCAGCUCACCAUCGAACUCACCAUUCUAGCUCGCCCACUACAAUGGUUAGACCUCCAGAUGUGCAGCUCACCAUAGCACAAAAUCCCACAGCAGAGGUGGAACCUCCUCCGGCACUUCAUGAGGUUGUAGGUAAACCAAUUGCCAUCUCAGACAAGGGUGUAAACACUUCAACUCACCAUACACAUCCGGCUGUAACUCCAGAGCCUUCGGAAGAAGUUGAACUCUUGUCAAAUCAAGAGGAGGCUCCAGUUCAAUCUGCAGAGCCUGUUGAGUAUGAGAAGUCUUCUCUAAGUCAGCAGAAGAGCACAGAUAAGAAUCCGGAGCUCCUAGAGGAAGGUGGACUUUCUUCAGCACAGCAGGAGACCCUAGUGAAUCCUCCAGUGUUCCCUAAUGAGAUGAUAGUUCAACCUUCAGCACACUAUGAGGCAACAGGUCCUCCCCUGAUUCAGACUCAACUUCAUCCUCCCGCAUCAUACAAUGUCACAGCUAAGCCUCCAGAGUUGACUAAUGAGGUUGAAACUUCAAGCCAACAGGGAGUUGAACCUUCAAAUGACCAGCAAGAAGAAGUUACAAGUCAGUAUCCAAUGCCCCCUGAAACUCAUCAAGAUUCUCCAGUUUAUCAAUGGGUCCUAACCCAGCCUGCAAAGCUUCCUGAGGAAGUUUCUUCAGGUCAGCAGGGUAACUUGUCUCCACCCCUAAAGCACCCUCCAGGUGUACAAUUUAUACCAUUUCAGCAAGAACUCCCAGAUCAGCAUCUAGAACCACCCAAAGAAGGUUUCUUUCUUUCUCCAGUGGCAGAUAGUGUGUUAUUUUCACCUGAGGAUCUAGAAGCAAUGUUCAGAUAUGAGACCUCAGUGCUGCAUAAACCCACAGUUAUACAUUUGAACCAAGCAGUGUCCUCUAUGGAAGUUGAAUCCCUUAAGGUUCCCACUGAACAAGUUGAAUAUUCACAAGUCCAUUUUGAAUAUCCUUCCUAUACACCAGCAUUCCCUGAAACUCAAUUUUCUCAGGAAAAGUCCAUAACUCAGGAAGCAGACCUCCACGAAGAUAUAUAUCCUUUUCCUACUCAGCAUAGGGGGCUGUAUCUACCUCCAGAUUCCUUUAUGGGUGCAGAACCUUCUGUAACUCAGCACCUGAGCUUGUCUCAACUUGAAGACCUUGCUGAGAAUGUAGGACCAUCUCUAGUGCUACAGCUCACCCCUGCACAGGCUUCAGAACCUCCAAAGGAGAUAGUUUUUUCUCCAACCCAGCAGGUGGUCCCAAACCAGCUGCCAGAGUCAUUGAACAAUAUUGUAACUCAACUUCUAACACAGCAAAUAAUAGGCCCAACACCAGGUCAGAUUCAAGAGGAGUAUCCAACAGAACACACUGUCUCCUUUCAGGCUUUGGACCUGGAAUUCACCAUAACUUCACAGUAUACUCCAGAGGCCAACCACACUACAGAACCAAAGAGGACACCUCCUCCAACAUAUCCUCAGGUGACAUUUUCAUACCCAUCUGAAGUCACAGUUCAACCUUUGGAUCUGGGACUUACCAUAAGUCCACAGCCAACUCCUGAGGAACUUCCUCAAGCUAUACCAGAGAUCACAACUCAGAUUACAGAACCACCUAGAGAGGUUGUAGCUCCAGCCCCUCUAUAUCAGAAAAUGACAGUUCCAACACCAGGUCAGGAUCAAGUUGAAUAUCCAAUUCCACCUGCUAUCUCAUUUCAGCCUUUGGACCUAGAACUCACCAAAAAUUCAGAGCCUACAAGAGAGACUCAGCAGCCUACAGCCACAAUGAAGACUAUAGUUCCUUCGCCAGAGCACCUUCAGGAUUACAUUUCCUAUGUAGCUGAAGUCACAGUUCAACCUUUGGAUCUGGGACUUACCAUAAGUCCACAGUCUGCUCCUGAGGAACUUCCUCAACCUAUGCCAGAGAUCACAACUCAGAUUACAGAACCACCUAGAGAGGUUGUAGCUCCAGCCCCUCUGUAUCAGAAGAUGACAGUUCCAACACCAGGUCAGGAUGGAGUUGAAUAUCCCAUUCUCACUGCUGUCUCAUUUCAGCCUUUGGACCAGAAACUCACCAUAAGUUCAGAGCCUACUAGAGAAGUUCACCACUCUACAACCCCAAAGGAGACUACAGUUCCCCCUCCAAAGCUCUCUCAGGUGACACUUCCACGGGAGUUUCACAUUCAGAAUCUAUACCUAAGUGAAGCUGCAGUUCAGCCUGUGGAUCUAGGACUUACCAUAACUCCACAACCAAAUUCUGAGGAACUUCCUCAAACUAUAUCAGAGAUCACAACUCAGAUUACAGAACCACCUAAAGAACUUGUAGCUCCAUUAUAUCAAGAGGUGACAGUUCCAACACCAGGUCAGGACCAAGCUGAGUAUCCAACACUUCCUGUUGCCUCAUUUCAGCCUUUGGACCCAGAACUCACCAUAAGUUCAGAGCCUACAAGAGAGACUGAGCAGCCUACAGCUGAAGUCACAGUUCAAUCUUUAGAUCUGGAACUUACCAUAAGUCUACAAUCUACUCCUGAGGAACUUCUUCAAACUAUGCCAGAGAUCACAACUCAGAUUACGGAACCACCUGGAGAGGUUGUAACUCCACUAUAUCAAGAGGUGACAGUUUCAACACCAAGUCUGGCUCAAACUGAGUAUCCAACUUCACACAUUGUCUCAUUUCAGCCUUUGGACCUAGAACUCACCAAAAAUUCAGAGCCUACCAGAGAGACUCAGCAGCCUACAGCCACAAUGAAGACUAUAGUUCCUUCGCCAGAGCACCUUCAGGAUUACAUUUCCUAUGUAGCUGAAGUCACAGUUCAACCUUUGAAUCUGGGACUUACCAUAAGUCCACAGUCUGCUCCUGAGGAACUUCCUCAACCUAUGCCAGAGAUCACAACUCAGAUUACAGAACCACCUAGAGAGGUUGUAGCUCCAGCCCCUCUGUAUCAAAAGAUGACAAUUCCAACACCAGGUCAGGAUCAAGAUGCGCACUCAACAACCCUUCAGCCUGUGGGCCUGGAACUUACCGAAACUUCAGACUCCACUAGAGAGGCUGAACAUUAUACAACCCUGGUGAUGACUACAGUUUCUUCUCCAAAGUACUCUCUUCCAGAACAGGUUCUCUUACAGCAUCUAAACCCAGCUGAAGUCACGGUUCAAGCUUUGGAUCUGGGACUUACCAUAACUCCACAGCCUGAUACUGAGAAAGAACUUUCUCAAACUACGCAGGAGAGCACAACUCAGCUUAUAGAUCCACCAAAGGAAGCUGUCGCUCAAGCUCCAGUCUAUCAGGAAGUGACACUUGCAACACCUAGUCAAGAUGCAUUUGAGAAUCCAACCUUACCCAUCAUCACAUUUCGGCUUUUGGACCCGGAUCCAGAGCCUGCCAGAGAGGCUGACAAUUUAGCAACCUUGAAGGAGACUACAAUUCCUCCUCCAAAGUACCCUCCGGUGACACUUCCAGAACAGGUUCACACUCAGCAUCCACACCCAAGUGAAGUUACAUUUCAACCUUUGGAUAUGGAACUUAGCAUGUCUCCACAACCUACUCCUGAAGUAGAACUUUCUCAAGCUGAACAGGAGACAAAAACUCAGCCCUCAUAUUCAGCUAAAGAGGUGGUCACUCCAAAACCAGGGUACCCAGAAGUGACAGUUCCAACACCAGAUCAGGAUAAAACUGAGGAUCAAACACUGACUGCGGCCUUAUUUCAGCCUUUGGACCUAGAACUCACCAGAAGUUCAGAGCCUACAACCCCACACAAAAGUACAGUAGUUUCUCUUCCACAGUACUAUCAGACAACACUUUCAGGAGAAGUUUAUACUCAACAUCCAAAUCUAACUGAAGUUACAGAUCAACCUUUGAAUCUAGAACUUACGGUAAUUCCAAGCCCCAAUCUAAAUGUUGAGACUUCUCCACAUAUACAAGAGAUGCUUCCUGAACCUGAACGACCACAUGAGGAGGUUACAGCAAAAGCUCCCAUGUUUUAUGAAAUCACACCAAUUCAGGAUCAAACUCCGCAUCUGGUUUCUCCUAAAGUCACAGAUCAACAUAUAAAAGUAGAGCAUGAUAUACCUACAAUAUCCAGUGUAGAGAAUGGACUUUUGGCAGCUACAUACAGUAGUACAGCUCUCCCUCUAACGCACCAUGAGAUGGUCCUUCUAUCUGAAGACCAGGUUCAGGUCCUGCAUGGAAACCCAACUCAAGUCACAAUUCAUCCCUCACACCCAGAAUUUUCCUUAGCUUCGCCACCUGCUACAAUGGUUAAACGUUCUGCACCAGUUCAGUCGACGGAGUCAUCGAAGGAGACUGCAGCUCAAUCUCCUGUACAUCUCAAAGAGACAGUUCUCAUGAUUGCUCAUGGUCAAUCUCAGCAUCUAAACUCAGAGACUACACAACCUGAAGUCCCAGCAACCACUCACCCAGAGACUACACAGUCCACAGCCUCACCAACUACUCACUCAGAGACUACACAUUCCACAGCCUCACCAACUACUCACCCAGACACUACACAGUCCACAGCCUCACCAACUACUCACCCAGAAACUACACAGUCCACAGCCUCACCAACUACUCACUCAGAGACUACACAGUCCACAACCUCACCAACUACUCACCCAGAGACUACACAGUCCACAGCCUCACCAACUACUCACCCAGACACUACACAGUCCACAGCCUCACCAACUAUUCACCCAGACACUACACAGUACACAACCUCACCAACUACUCACCCAGAGACUACACAGUAUACAGACCUAACAACUAUGCCCCCUCCUUCCACACACUACGAGGUGGUACUUUCACAGUCAAGCCAGGUUCAGACUCAACAGCCAAAGCCAAGUGAAGUCACAAUGUGGCCUUCACCCACAAGUCAGCAAUCUUCUACAACACCACAGUCUGUUAUACUAGCAAGCCCUUUUGCAACUAUGCUUGAGACCACAGCUCAGCAAAUACCAAGUGGCAUCGCACUUGAACCUAUGGAUCUUGAACCUACCAUAACUCCAUAUGCUGGAAAUUUUAAUACAGAAAAAGAUUUAAUUUUUCAAAUGAAACCAAAUGUCUCCACAAGCACCAACAUAUGUGACCUCUGCUUGUGUGAAAAUCACACACUGUUGUGUAGUCAUCUCAGCCCAAAACGGAGACUCCACCAGGUGCCUGUGCUGAGACCCGGCACCCACAAGGGCACCCUAACCAUUUUAAACUUCCAUGGAAAUGUUAUUUCUUACAUUGACAAAAAUGUAUGGAAAGCAUACCGUUGGGCUGAGAAACUAAUUCUCAGCGAAAAUCGCCUGACUGAAUUACAUAAGGAGUCAUUCGAAGGCCUGCUAACCCUCCAGGUUUUGGAUUUAUCUUGCAAUAAAAUACAUUACAUUGAAAGAAGGACAUUUGAGUCGUUACCUUUUUUGAAGUAUAUAAACCUUGGGUGCAAUUUACUCACUGAACUGAACUUUGGAACAUUUCAAGCAUGGCAUGGAAUGCAGUUUUUACAGCAGUUAAUCCUCAACCAUAACCCUCUGACAGUUGUCGAAGAUCCUUUCCUUUUUAAAUUGCCAACAUUAAAAUAUCUGGACCUGGGGGCCACACAGGUGCAACUGACAAUGGUUGAGAACAUCCUCAUGAUGAUGCUGGAGCUGGAACAUCUGAUCUUACCUAGCCGCAUGGCCUGCUGCCUCUGCAAAUUUAAAGCUGAUAUUGAGAUUAUCUGCAAGACAAUCAAACUGCGUUGUCAUACCGGAUGUCUGACAAACACCACACAUUGUCUUAAAGCAUCUAUAGGGGACCCAGAAGGAGCGUUCAUGAAGGCAUUGCUGGCCCGGAAGGAGAACAGCAGAGCUGAGCUCACUAUUGAACCAGAAAAGAGUUAUGCAGACCAAACCAAUCUUGGCUCUUUGGGCCUCAUGAAUGAACAGCUUGACUUUAACGAUGAAAGUGAUGUUAUUAGUGCCCUAAAUUACAUAUUGCCGUAUUUCUCAGAGGGGAAUCUGGAAGACGUAGUAUCGACAUUGUUACCAUUCAUUAAACUCCUGUUUUCCAAUAUACAAAAUGGAGAUAAUUCACUGGGACCCUUCCAAAAUGAUACAAAGAGCCUUACUCUUAAAUCAGUACCUAAGGCUAGUAAGUUGGCUUAUAAAAACAAAGUGAAUAAGCUUUAUUUUCUAGAAAACCUGCUAGAUGAAGAAAUCAAUGAGGUUAAAGAGAAAGAGAAAACCGCCAUGCUUGUGCAUCACUCGGGCCGUUUAGAUCCCAAAUUUAAACGACAGAUAUUUGAAAAGCGAUGGGAACCUGCCCGGACAGGGAAAGACAGUCUUGCAGAGAUCGAGAAGGCAGAGAGACAGCUCCACAGCAUGAGCAGGGUCCCCAAGGAGACAGGAAGCAUACAGAAAAGGCACUUCAAGGAUGUGAGUGGCAAGAGCCUGUGGAGCAAGCAGAGCGUCCAGACCCCUGUGGAGAGCAUCUCCAAGGACAGGCAGCUCGGGAGCCCACCCUCAAUGGAGCUGCAGCAGCUCGGCCUGGAGCAGAAGCCCAGGGAGUUAGUGGGCUAUUCCUUCCCCUCAGAGCCCUUGCUCCCAAAGGAGCACAGGGGAGAGCUCUCUUCUUCCCCAGAUCUGCCCCUGCUGGACAAGGCUCCCACUACAAACUCUCUACCUGACUUCAUAGACAGACGGAAAGACUUGUCUUACACCAUUUACGUUUUAGAAAGUGCAAAUGCUAAUGUGAAGAGAGCGAAGGGUUCUAACCCAAGUUUACAACCUGAAGCGAGGCAUCGGAACCUUAGGAAGAAAAAAUCUCAUUUCCAGUUGAUUGCAAAGAGGCCGGCAGCAUCCUCUGCAGUGAGGAGCCUGAUAAGUUCCUCUGCACGAGGGGUCUUUUCAUCUUUAGGAGACCUGAGGUACCCAGAAAGGCCCUUUUCGGAAUUAUAUGUUGCUCCAGAGCCUUCUACAAAAAAGCCUCUUGAAGAAAAUCGGGCUGCAACAGAUAAUGUUGAAGAAAAUAAUCUCAAACAAAUUGUCACUACGCCUGAAGAAACUACAUCAGAAAAUAAACCUCCUGAGAAUCCCACUGCAGAUUCUAAUGUGUCGACGACAUCCAACUUAAUUUCAACUGUUCAGCAAACCAGCAAGCCACAGUCGGUCUUCACUGUGGGGGCUGAUACACAUGCCGAUCUCACUGACGUUGCUUACCCAUCGCUGAUGUCCCCAGGAGAACAGUUUGAGUCUCAUCUCAACCAGCAGUUGCUGCCCCUCAUCCCCAACAAGGAUGUGAGAAGGCUCAUCUCUCACGUUAUCAGGACUUUGAAGAUGGACUGUUCUGACACUCGUGUGCAAAUGUCCUGUGCCAAGCUCAUCUCCAGAACAGGCCUCCUGAUGAAGCUCCUCAGCGAGCAGCAAGAUUUCAAGCUGUCCAGGGCCGACUGGGAUACAGACCAGUGGAAAACUGAGAACUACAUCAACGAGAGCACAGAAACCCAAGGCGAACAGAGGAGUCUGGAACCAAGUCAGCUCACAAAAGCAGUUCCAGGAUAUGGCUACAACAACAAGGUCAUCUUGGCGAUAUCUGUGACCGUCAUAGUGACAGUUUUGAUUAUCAUUUUCUGUCUCAUUGAGAUUUAUUCUCAUAGAACAGCAAAGGAGGGAGAUGAAGAGAAGUCCUCAAGGUAUAAGAAAAACUACUACAAGAUAUCUGAGACUCAGGAUGGGUUUUUCUGGCUAAGGUGCCCACUGUGGCUUAGAGACAUGUAUAGGCCUCUGCACGACACCCGAAAGAAAAACAUGGCUCAAGACCUUCAGGACAAGGAGUCGUCUGGAGAGGAGGAGAUUUUCAAUAAGGAUGUACCAAGGGAGUUCAAGAGAAGAUCCUCGGUGAAAUCAUCCGCAGAAGAGAGUGUAGUCGAAGCCCCACGGUGAUCUGCUAUCAUUUAUUAAUAAAUUAUUUUUUGUAGA